UCGAAAAAUGAUUUCCAAAACUUUUCGGGUUAUUCUAAUCUCUGUACUACUAGUAUCUCUCUCCUAUGAGACUAAUGUAAAUAAAAACUACGAUGAAAAUCCAAUGGUGUUUAAGGGAUUCAAUAACAGUCUUGGCACUUUUGUGGAGUACAGCGGUCGUGCUUCUAUAGCUUUUGAAGAUUGGACCAUAUAUACGAGCUUUAAUUUGGAUUCACUUCUUCCGGCAAUAAAAGCCUUUGAAAAGAUCCGCACUGAUAUUGCAGAUAUUUGUCCUUAUCAUAAGCAAGAGUGUCCUAAAUUUUUUGAAUUAUUUAAAUAUGCGGACACUAUUCUUGAAGAUGGACCACUUUUAAUGAGGAAUUCGACGGGUUUUAAGUUCAAACGCAUUUCCCUUGAUGAAGAUGGCAUGACCAAUACGUUUAAUAACACAUAUAGUACUAUCGACAGCACAAAAAACGUUAACGUAAUUCUACUUGAACACACAAUUGAUCCUUUAAGUCCAAAGGAACAAUAUGGAACUGAAGCACCCGAUUGGGUUGCCCCGAGAUUGCUAAAUGAACUAUCACUUUUGGGCACCCAAUUAAGAAGAUCACAGGAGGCCAUACUUGAAGCAAUGCAUUCCGCCCAUCAAGGAAAACUAAGUCCCCUAGUCCUUUCCAUAGAGCAAUUGCAGGCGGAGAUAUCUAAAAUAUAUGGCCAUCUACCAAGAGGUCUAAGUCUGCCCUUCGACCAGUUCUCAAUUUCUGAUAUUUACCGUAUAGCCACUGUAAUCCUUCAUCAGUUGGACGAACAGAUGGUCUUUGAAAUCAAAGUGCCCCUAAUCGAUGUGGAACAGUUUAAUAUCUACCGCUUGACACCCAUUCCUCGGGUACAUAAUGGCAGCAUCCAACUUUUGGACACCGAAACACCGUAUCUGGGCAUCAACGACCACCUGGACAGAUUUUUUCCACUGGAGAACCUCGAUGACUGCAUUGAAUUGGCCGCAGAAAGGAUAAUUUGUAAGCACAACCAAGUAACAUACGGAAAUGGUGAUGAUAGUUUUGCCUGUUCCUUGGCGGCAAUCCGGAAUCAAUCUUCCAAAGUCUGCACUUUCCGUCAAGUGGAGAAGAGCAGCAUGUGGACACAGCUGGUUUCACCGAAUUCAUGGAUGGUGGCCCUUACCAAGGAGCUUUCUUUAAUGGGAGUGUGCUCUGGUGCUAGUCAGGAACUCAAGAUAAAUGGCAGUGGAAUUCUUAGCAUUCAGAGUGACUGCAUCGUCCGAAGUUCAGUUGUCACGCUUCAAGGAGAACCCAAGAGAAGACUACCCUCGAAAAAUGGUUAUGCAUCGUUGCAGUUGACUAGCAAGUCCCCUCUUAAAGUCGGAAUCCUGGAAUCAUUCGAUCAACUUUUUAAGAUCGUAACCCAACUGAAGUUGGAUCAGGAAAAACUACAAGCUGUCGAAGGCUAUCCAUUAGGCAUCAUCGCUAUGUGCCCAAUUAUAGUGCUAAUCGCCCUAUUAAUUCCGCUGGCAUGGUUAUAUCGCACUUUCCAUCGAAGACAACUCUCUGCAGCAAAAAAUCCAGUCGAGGGUCAUCAGGAUACAAAGCGAGAAACCAUAACCAGUGACCUUCCGCUGCUGGAAAAACAAGAAGUUUAAAAGAUAUUUUCACAGGCAAACGAAAAGAUGAAUUUUUGAUUGUGUCGAUUAUAAUACAUGUUUAUUUGUUUGGUUUAAAUUGCAAUAAAUAUUAGUUACUCUUUUCA